AUGGCGACCGAGGUAUCGGUGGAGGACCUGCGAUCGGCGCGGCCGUGCGAGCCGCGGGCUGUCGGGAAGGUGGAGCAGUACAUGACGCGCGACCCGAUCUGCUUCCGACGCGACACGCCUCUCGAGGACGCCCUGCGCGCGCUAAUUGAGCACAAGAUUAGCGGCGCGCCGGUGGUGGAGCCGUACGAGGGUGACUCGACGGGGAGCGGCCGGCUGGUGGGCGUGAUCAGCGAGGAGGAUAUGCUAUGGAAGGAGGUGGACGCGACCGACAAGGAGCUUGAAACGGCAUUCCGCGCCCCUUACCUGUGGUCAAUGAUGACGUCAGACACGAGCAUGCUAGAGACCUAUGAGGACCAGGCUCUUAAAGUGCUCUCCCAGACCGUGGGGCUUAGCAUGAGCGAGCAGUCCAUAUCAGUCACCCCCGACACGCCCGUUAAGGACGCCGCUACUAUCAUGCUCGAUGCGAAGAUUAAGAGGCUGCCUGUGGUGGCGCCCCGGGAGGGGGGCCGGCCGGGUGUGACUGUAGUGGGCGUGAUUUCGAGGAACGAUGCGGAGGUGGGGAAGGAGGGGGGCAAGGGAGGGGGUGAAGCUGCUGGUGCUGAGAGGGGUGGUGAGGGGGGUGAGAAGGUGCAGACCGGUUUGGUGAAAGGUGGGGCGUGA